AUGGUCGAUCUCGUUCACUCAAAGCCUUUGGACCGCGCGAGUCACGCGUCGGAGGACGAAGACAUCAAGUCUGGCGUCCACGACCCGGAACGCGGUAGCCUGAACGAGAAGGGCGGCGCGGUUGGCGACGAGGCUCUACGGGAGCAAGACGAAGGUGUCACGAAGAUAGAGGCUCUAUAUAUCGUCUUCGGCAAGGGCUGGAAGCUUUGGCUCCUCUGGAUCUCAAUCGUCCUCAUCUUCUACGUGUAUGCUCUUGCGAGCGGAACGACGUACACGUACGUACAGUAUGCCACUUCCUCCUACUCGGAACACACCAUCCUUGGCACCAUCUCCGUCGCGACUGCCAUCAUGAGCGGUGUGUCGAAGCCUUUCCUAGCCAAGCUUGCGAACCUCGCUUCGCGCCCACUUGCGCUGUCCCUCUCCGUGGCGCUUUUCACACUGGGCUACAUCAUCGUCGCGUCGUCAAACUCCGUCAACGCUGUCGCCGCCGGGGAGAUCAUCUACACACCAGGUAGCACGGGAUUGGACUUCCUCACCGGCAUCCUCAUCGCGGACAUCACUUCGCUGCAAUGGCGCGGUUUCAUCAGCGCGAUAUGCAGUUCGGUGCCGUGGCUGCUCAAUGUGUGGAUCUCAACAUACAUCACCACCGGUAUUUCGGCGAAUACGCUCAACGGCUGGCGCUGGGGUUUUGGCAUGUUCGCCAUCCUUGUCCCCGUUUGCAUCACCCCUGCGCUCCUUGUGCUGUUCUGGGGAGACAGGAGAGCGAAGAAGCUUGGAGCAUUGUCUCUCGCCGCUUCUGGGAACGUUCGCCGCAAGACCAUGAAGGGUGAGAAGGGGACAAAGACAGUGAUUGAGACCGUCAUCGACGCCUGGAAACUCAUCGAUGGCUUGGGCCUGCUCCUCAUCGGCUUCUCAUUCGCCAUGCUCCUCCUUCCCUUCACGUUGUAUACCACCGCGAAAGGAGGCUUUUCGAACCCCUCCUUGAUCGCUAUGUUCGUCGUAGCCGUGGUCCUCAUGAUUGCCACCGCAGUUUGGGAGUGGAAGUUCGCCGCGCACCCGAUCAUGCCUCGGCGCAUCUGGAACCGCUCGUUGAUCUGCUCCGUCAUCAUCGACUUCUUCUACUACCUCUCUGGAUACCUUUCCGGCACUUACUUCUACUCGUGGGUGUACGUGAUCAAGGACGACUGGUCUCUGUCGACCUACACAUACUGGGGUUACACCCAGACCCUCGUGCUCUGCUUCUUCGGUAUCGUCGCAGGCGCCAUCCAGCGCUACACCCACCGCUACAAGUACCUCCAGCUCUCCGGCCUCUGCAUCCGUGCCAUCGGCCAGGGCAUCCAGUUCUACACGCUCAAGAACCGCUCGACGGCGGUGCUCGUGAUGGGCCAGUUCGUCGCCUGCCUCGGCGGCGCCUUCUCCGUCGUCGGCUCCCAGGUCGCCGUCCAGGCCUCGGUCCCGCACCAGGACAUGGCGCUCGCCUCCGCCAUCCUCUCCCUCUGGACGAGCAUCGGGGGCAGCAUCGGGUCCGCGAUCAGCGCCGCGGUGUGGAACGACCUGGUGCCGAAGGGCCUGACCGAGCGCCUCGGGGCGACGUACAACAGCACGGAGAUCGCGGAGAUCUUCGGGAGCAUCGUCGUCGCGCGGGACGUCCCCGAGCACGAGCUCAUCGUCGAAGCGUACAACGGGGCGAUGCGCCCGCUGCUCAUCGCCGCGCUGGUGACGACGAUCGUGCCGAUCGCGGCGGGGCUGAUGACGUCGGACUUCUACCUCGGGACGCAGCACAACGCGGUUGAGAAGAAGGAGAUCGCGAUCCGGGACGAGAGCGAGACGUCGGACGAGGCGAUCAAGGCCAAGGUCGCGCAGCUGGCGAAGCAGACUUCGUGA